AUGUCCACCUGGCAAACGGAAGCCCUCAAAGCCAAAAUCAUCCUACAAAACUCCAUUCCAACACAAUGGCUUCUCCCCGAAGACAAACUACCCCCGUCGGACCAGAAGAAUGUCGCUGAUUUCCCCAGAUCCAGCGGACUGUUCACUGAUAGAGAACUGUCCAUCACGGAUAUGUCCGCCACGGCGCUGGUUGCCGGUAUGGGGGCUGGACUACUAAGUGCCGAGGAGGUAGUGGUUGCGUUCCUGAAGAGGGCUGUUCUGGGACACCAAUUGCUGAACUUCGCGACGGAGUUCAUGGCAGACAAAGCCAUUGCCAGGGCCAAAGAGCUGGACGCGUACUACCAGCGUACGGGGAAGUUAGUUGGACCCUUGCACGGGGUCCCAAUCAGCGUAAAAGAGCAUAUCGGCAUCAAGAACCUGACCUGUAAUGGCGGCUACGUAGCAUGGGUAAACGACAUCGCGCCAGAGGAUGCCCUCAUCCUACAAUGUCUUCACAAAGCAGGCGCCAUUUUUCACGUCCGGACGAAUCAACCCCAAUCUCUCAUGCACCUCUGCUGCAGCAACAACCUCACCGGCACCACGACAAACCCUUACAACCGCACCCUCACUCCGGGCGGCUCAUCCGGUGGGGAAGGCGCAUCAAUGGGCUUCAAAUGCGCCCCGCUAGGCAUAGGCACGGAUAUCGGGGGUUCGAUUCGAGCUCCCGCGGCCUUCUGCAAUGCAUACGGAUUCAGGCCGACAAUGCGACGGAACCCCUGCUCAGGGAUUAAGGCUCCCGAGCCCGGCCAGGAGGCCAUCCUGGGUGUUGUGGGGCCUUUGGCGGCGCAGAGUCUGGAUGAUCUGGAGCUGUUCCAGAGAGCGGUUCUUGAUGCGGAGCCGUGGGAUAUCGAGACCUCUCUGGUUCCUCUUCCGUGGAAGAGGGUGAAGGAGGACAGAGAGUUUACUGUGGGAAUCAUGUGGGAUGACGGAACGGUCCGUCCGCACCCUCCCAUCAUUCGAGCACUCAAGGCCGCCAAAUCCAAGCUCCAGGCAGCCGGCAUCAAAGUCGUAGACUGGGAGCCAUAUAAACACGCCCACGGCUGGGAUAUAAUCUCAAAACUCUACUUCCCGGACACAGCAACCUCCCAAAAAACAUUAAUAUCACAAACCAACGAACCAAUCCUCCCACUAACAAAAUGGGCCUUUUCCUACGCACACCCGACACCAUUAUCCAUCGCCGAAGCAUGGGCAUUGAAUGUCGCCCGCGAUGAAUACAGAGAUGAAUACCAUGCGCGGAUGAAAGCGAUGGGGGUGGAUUUCAUUCUAUGUCCGGCCUAUGUGGGCGUUGCGCCUGCUUUGUAUGAGGCGCAGUAUUGGAACUAUACGGCUGUGUGGAAUGUUCUUGAUCUGCCGGCGGUGGUGUUUCCUUCUGGGAUGGUGGUUGAGGAUGGGGAUGUAGAGGGGAAGAAGAAGGAUGGCUGGAUGGCGAGGAAUGAGGUGGAGGAGAGGGAAUGGAGGAAGUGGUGGGUUGAUCCUGGUCGGUUUGUAGGGGCUCCUGUGGGCUUGCAGGUUGUCGGGAAACAUUUCAAGGAUGAGGAGACUAUCGCGGCGGCGAAGGUGGUUGAGGAGGUGGUUCGGGGGCUGGAGGGAAGGGCUAAGUUGUGA